UAUUGACCAUUAUAAAUGCAAUAUACAUGUAGUUAUUAUUACGUAGAUAAUGUGAAAGUUUUAAGAUCCUCAUGCAUCGAAUACCGUGGUACAUAUAAUUUAAAAGUCAGGAUACUUAUAAUUGGUAGAAAAUUCUUUCACAAAAUUUUGAAUCUUACUAGUCUAGAAUACUCGUCUAGUAAUGUUAUGUUUGUUAAGAAGAAGAAGAAAAGAAAAAAGAAUAGGAUGGAUAUUCGGAUAUUUUACCGGAACGGUUUUAGUAGUAUAGCCGAAAAAUAAUAUCCGGCUGUAUUGCAGACGAUUUUUAUUUUUGAAGAAGUGUCGCCCCCCAAAAAGACUUUCACGGGAUAAAUAACGUGGCACAAGCCCGGAAUCCGAACCAAGUGCUGGUCAGCGCUUCCUGGACAAAGGGCAGAGAUCAUGAUCACUGUAGAGACAAUAAAUUCUAAAGAUACCUCAGAAGACAAGUCAAAGUUAUCCAAAAUAUUGAAAGUAUUGUCUCUCAACGUUGAUAAAAAUAAUGAACUCCUUGGUCGACUGUUAGAAUUAUCAAGUGAAUCAGAGAGCACACAAGGGCUAGCAUCAGUCCUCUCCACAAGUAGUCCAGCUCAAAGAAAGGAUAAGGUGACAGUUGAAAUAAAAUUGACUUUCAUGAAAAUCAACGAUAUUGACACAGUAGACCAGCAGUUUCAAUCAGAGAUCUUCAUUCAAGCCAAGUGGGAAGAACCCUUGAUCAAAGAAGAUGAGAAAGUAUUUGACCCAAUAAUGAUGUGGACUCCAAAGUUAAUCAUUCUUAAUGUUGAUGGUUCCGUCCUGGAAGAACAUGCAGAAUAUUCUAUAGCUCACAAGCAAGCUGACUAUCCUCUGGUUAAUCUUAUGUGGCGGUUCAAAGCAUUCUUCAAGGAAAACUUAGAACUACAGCACUUUCCAAUAGAUGUCCAGGACCUGACAAUUUCCGUGUCCACUGAGAAGUCAAGUCAGGAGAUAGAAUUGCUAGAGGACCAGCAGUCUCUAAGUUCAGUGAACACUAAAGCCUUUUUGGAUGCCUCCGAGUGGAGCCUGUAUAACCACACGGAGACCUAUCGAGAUGAGACAACUGUUGAGUACGCUAGAUCUACAGUACAUCCUAUCCUUCACGUCCAGUGUCGUGUGGCACGGAGAAUCGGAUACUUUGUCUGGAACAUUAUAUUUAUUGUUUUCCUCAUCAUUGCCCUGACCUUUGCAUCUUACUCCAUAGAAGUAGACUCCUCUGACAGAUUGGCGGUCAACAUCACUCUCUUCCUCACAGCAGUAGCAUUUAAGCUUGUGGUCAAGCAAAGCCUGCCAACCAUUUCUUAUCUAACAUACCUGGAUCUCUAUGUAUUAGCUGCUCUGAUAUUUCUUGCACUGAACGCCACACAGAAUGCUGCCGUGAAAUACUUGGCUUCAAUAUACCCUGUGUCAGAGGUUACUCUCUAUGACCGCUACUCCAUCAUAGGGUUGUUCAUCAUAUUUCUCUUCUUCCACAUCAUCUUUGGGAUCUACAUCAUUGUCACUGCAACCAGAAGACGAUGGAAAAUGAAGGAAAAGGACAAACUGUAUCAGGAGAAGAAAGAGUAUAUGGACAGAUCAAGGUCACCACCAAGGGGAUCCAAUAAAAGGAAAAGGAAGUACCAAAUGGAUCGCAGAAGGGGGUCUCUGGAUUCUUACUUUGAACCUCGUUACCGAUGACGUUGCAUUAAGGACUCAAGUGAAUAGUUGUUGUUGGGUUUGUUUUUUGGGGUUUUUUUUUUUUUGGACAGGGUGAAAUUUGUUUAAAUCUAUUAAAUGAUGAAAGAUCGUA